AUGUUUAGAGGUGUAAAGAAUACAUCUAAAAAUUUAAAUUUGAUAUCCAAAAGAUUCAACAGUCAUGGACACCAUGAUCCUCACCCACCAAAGGAAUCAGAAAUCAAUUUAUUCACUGUGUUAGGGAUUGGUGCCUUAGGAGGUGUUACUUAUAUGUUUUACAAAAAUCAUAAAAAUGGAAAUGAACCUGUUAUCAAAACAAAAUUAUAUAAUGAAUUAGAAGAUGAAAAUAGAAUCAAUGCUAGAAGUGAAGGAUACAAAAAGAAAUAUCAAAUUUCUUUCAUUAAAAGUGUCAUCAGAGACAAAGGUGGUAUAGGACAAAAUCAAUACAGAAAGAUGAAUGGGGAAAUUUUACCUGUCAGUUUAAUUCCAACUCAUUCACCAAAUGGUAACCAAUUCGGUGCCGGUAUCAAAUUAAGUGAAUUAGGUCCAAGAAAAGAAAAAACUCAAUAUUUUGCUCCUUUAAAACAAUAA